AUGGAGUCUCAACGGUCCCAAGGGACGUCAAGUCCGGGCGCAUCGUCGAUCUUCCUCCCACUCGGCCGUCGAGGAUCUCGGUCCUCGUUAUCAACCCAGGCCGAGCGGCAAGGUCUAAACGCAGCUCUUGACCAGAUUCACACGGCGGCGUAUCAGUCGGAUUCCCUCACAGUUUUCAACGAUUUCACAAACCCACCCGCCCCUACAUCCGCGGCGGAGGAGAAGAGUUUCUCGGGCGAACUUCAAGGAGGCCUCAGUGGGUUGUAUAGUCGAUUUCGGACCUCAGUUGGUGGCGUGAGGGAUAUUGUCAGUGGUGUGGGAAGGUCAUCGGACAAAGCGUCCUCUGAGGAUCACGGUCCCAAGAGUCCUCCGUUAGAGCGGUCCGCCUCAAAGCCUGCUUUCGAUUCCGCUGCCUCCAUAGAGUCACAACAAUACCACCCAAGUUCAUCUCAAAGCUCGAGACUACACUCGCCGACUUCUGUCACACACUACCCUGCCCAGGAUGGCCACCAUCUUUUGGAGCCCCGGAAAGGCUCGAAGCUCUCAUCAAAAACCACCAGUAUAUCCUCCAAAGCGUCGGUUUCGCCGUCCCCUGCGUUGAAAUCUCCAGCUGUGCCCUUGCCCAAAUCCACUACGAGCUCGGCCGCCGUCGAUCCGACGGUCACUGAACUCCAUGUCAACGCCGUCAAGGAGCCUCCUCACUAUUCAAGUAAUAAUUCUGUCAAUCUCUCUACUCAUAGCUUGCAGACAACCGAUUCAGUCGGUACCGAUAAGGAAGAAGCGCCACAUCCUCCGUCGCUGAGCUCUUCUGGAUGGAGUCAGCGAUUGUCGCACUCGCCUGUAUUACAGGCCAAAGCUCACAAUAGCUCCACCGAAGCUCCGGGAGUCCCCGACUUUGGCAGAUCGUCCACAGCGGGCAGCCAAAUUUCUGACAGUAAGAAGAGACCAGAUGGCCAGGGAACUCAUGAUCUUGAUAUGUCCUUGCCAGGGCCAGCGCGAAAGGCCAAAAACUCAAUCGACGGUUCCCAAACUGGCACCUCGUUAGCCCAGGAAAGGAUGAGGUCCGAUUCAGCCGCGUCUUUUCACCCCGAUUGGUCCAGCGUUGUAUCCGGCUCCGGGACAAAUAGUGCCUUCCAGACUCCCAAUAACGGAGAAACCACCUUUCCUGACGGUUUGGCGUCAUCCACGGCUGCAACAUCCAUAUCCUUAGCGGAGGGGGAUGCACGUUCGCGAGAGGCGCUUAAAUCCCAAUACAAGGAUACUAGAGCCCGUCAAGAAUCUGUCGCGUCCAGCUCAAGCCGCUUCCAAGGAGGUUUCACUACACCUCAAACCACCCAUGCUGAAACGGGGUCUGGUCCCCCUAUCGUGCCUCCCAUCAAUACAGCUGUGAAUCGCAUCCCUAGUAGCCAGGACGCCCGAGGUCGGCGCCCACCUCUUAGAGAAAACUCGAGUACACAGUUCAGAAGCAAGCUGCUCAGUAAGGAAUAUUGGAUGCGCGACGAGAAUGCCAAAGACUGUUUCCAUUGCGGUGAACCCUUUUCGACGUUUAGGCGGAAACACCACUGUCGAACCUGCGGUCAAAUCUUUGAUUCUAAAUGUACGCUUCUGAUUUCAGGAGAGAGAUUUGGUCAGCAAGGGUCUAUUCGCGUUUGCCAACCAUGUGAGGCCAUGAUCAACGGCCACGAUGACGAUUCGUCCGAAUUCUCGGACAGUGAGCAGAGCCCGAUUGCCGUCAACCCUCGCGUUUCGGAGCUGGGAUCGGCAAAUUAUUCGCGCAUGGGCGCAGACGAUGAUGACACUUCUUCCAUCAUCUCGCAGCCAAUGGAGCAUGUAAUGAAGAUGCCAACGAUGGCGAUUCCAGCUACGCGACGUGCUGGCGAGGGUCAUAAUAGGCGCUCGGCUGUUCUUGAGAUCAGCCCCGAUCGACCCCUGCUGGCGAGGCCGACAUCUUCAAGAUCGCUCAAAUCCACUCUGAGUGGGAGAACUCACUCAAUGGGCCACAAGCGUCACCAUUCUCGUCAGCAGGUCAUUCGAAAUUUCAAGACACAUCAUGAUGAACGCGCCCCCUUUCAGCGGCGCAAUGCCGACGACUCAGGUCGUGGGUCUAACCUCCCCGCGUUCCACAAAGACAAUAUCAUCGAUCCAGAUCUGGCGCAGUACCUCUCAGAUGAUGCAUCUAGUGGCGAUGAGCAGCCAAGUCUCUUGUCGGCGGUCUCGGAUGCUUCCUUAUCUAAGAGCGGUGGCGAGACCGAGAGAACAACGUUUGGUGGCCUUCUGGCCGCUAUGAAGAAGGGACGCUCUGCCUUUGGAGACCGAAGCGUCACUAGCUUCAACCAAGCUGGCGGCCGUGAGCUGGACGAUGGAAGUAUCAGCAGCUCGAAAGCUGUCAAUCUUCCCCGUCGACGACGCAACCUUAGCGUCGCUAGCAGUAUCCACCGCCACUCCCCGAGAGCCUCGAAGGAAAGCGGUUUCCUUUCUCAUGAAGCAUCGAAUGCCGCCCACGUUUUUCCUGCGGGUAUUCCUUCUAGUGGUUUCAAGAUGACGAGAAGUUCUUCUAUGAGAGGAGCAGGCGCCCCUCCGGUGGAGCUCAACAAAGCUAGUUUGCAGCACGUCCGUAAACUGCUCCGUCAGCUUCUGACCGACUCAGCCAUCCCCCACGCGCAUAGCUGGGAGACAGCGCUGCUACCCAUCCUUCUCAAAGCAGCAGAUGAUGUUGAUCCAGACGUUCAGGGGGGUGACGAUAUGGACAUUCGUCAUUACAUCAAACUUAAGAAGAUCCUGGGUGGCCGGCCAGGUGAUACAUGUUAUGUCUCCGGCCUAGUGUUCACAAAGAAUCUCGCGCUCAAAAGUAUGUCCAGGACCAUCCUGAGGCCGAAAAUUCUCAUCAUCGCCUUUCCCCUCGAAUACGCACGUCACCAACAGCACUUCAUGAGCCUGGAGCCUGUGAUUCGCCAGGAACGCGAGUUCCUCGAGAACCUCGUUGGCCGCAUAGCUGCUCUCCGGCCUAAUCUGCUUCUUGUUGAGAAGAACGUCUCCGGGCUCGCAUUGGAAUUGUUAGAGAAAGCCAACAUUGCGACCGCCUACAAUGUCAAGUCCUCCGUCCUCGAGGCAGUGUCGCGGUGCACGCAAACAAAGAUCAUCACUUCCAUGGAUAAACUCGUGACCACUCCCACGGGGAGUGAAUGCGGCAGCUUCGAUGUCAAGACGCAUGUGUUCAACGGCCGUAAGAAGACGUACAUGUACCUUUCUGGCUGCAGUAAAGAGCUCGGAUGUACCAUCGUUCUCCGAGGAGGCGAUAGUCAAGUUCUGUGCAGUGUCAAGAAGAUCACGGAGUUCAUGGCAUAUGUUGUCUACAACCUAAGAUUGGAGACCUGUGUGAUGAGGGAUGAAUUCGCUCAGAUCCCAACCUCAUUCGACAUCGGCAGCCGCGAUAAGAAGGGCGACGAACGAAUCCGUUCAAGCGCCUCAACAAUCAAAGCAGAACACCAAAGUGUCCCGGCUCUUCCGCAGGCGGAAUCCACCGAUAGUAAGGGUGAUGGUGCCUCUCAAGACAAGAGUAGUGGAGUCACCGGCGAAGAUACCGACGUACCCGACGAUGUGCCAAUGCCGACCUAUUACGAAGACAUUGUCCGUGAUCAUGAAACCAAGAUCAUCUCGGCCUCUCCGUUCGUCAAGUUUGAACCUCCGUACCUCCUGAUGCGGGCUCGAGAAAUGGAACGCAGGUUGGAUUACCUGAAACGUCUCCAAAACCAGGACCUUGAAUCAGAUCAGUCGUUGGACGAGAAGAAUAAAUCCCAAAAGUUCGUUCUGAUCACGCCGGAAAUGGUCCACGAAUCACCCCAGGGCGCUUCGCCAAAAGUCAAGGAGGUAUUGCGCGCGGCCCACGAUGCCGAAUACGACCGAGCCCUGCAUCACUAUCAGACCCAGAAACGCCAAUGGGAGGCGUAUAUAGGGGGAACCACGGAUAUUUUUGAUCCGUAUACGCACCAGAAUAUCGUUGUACUAUAUAGUCUGGUCUGCACCACUUCCUCGGUCCCAUGCUCUGGUCCAGAUCUGAUCGCCUUGGAGUACUAUAAUGAACACGGUGGUGAGGAUGUGAUCCUCGAGCCUGACUGCACCAUUGGCCAGUACGUGGAGGAUGUCUGCCUCAAUGCAAACGCCAUUUGUACGGUCAAUGGCUGUGAAAAGCACAUGUUUGAGCAUCACCGGCAAUACGUCCAUGGGGAAGCCCAGAUCAGCGUUUUCAUUCAGCCUUACCCAUCCAAGCUGCGUGGUCUUCAAGACUCAAUUUUGAUGUGGAGCAGCUGCAAGAUUUGUGGCAACGAAACCCAAGUUAUUCCAAUGUCAGAGAGUACGUGGAAAUAUUCGUUCGGGAAAUACUUAGAGCUUUCUUUCUGGAGCAAGAACCUUCACGCUCGGGCAGGCGUCUGUCCUCACGACCUACAGCGUGACCAUCUGCGCUAUUUCGGCUUCAAGGAUAUCGCUAUACGUAUUCACUACGACACGAUCAAUCUGCUAGAGAUCAUCGUUCCAAGGACCCGUGUCACGUGGAAGGUAGACAAUGAUCUGAAGCUCAGAAACGAGGUCUACGUCCGUACAGAGCACCGGUUGAACAAAUUCAUGGUCUCCGUCAAAACUCGACUCAAAGGCAUCAACGUCGAAAGCGUCGUCCCCAAAUUGAUGGACGCGUGCAAGAAAGAAAUCGAGGUCUUGAGCAAAAAAGCGAGUGAAGAUCACGCAUUCCUCAUCCGACAAUUGCAGGAUAAAUACACGAACUCCCGUUACUGGGAACUGAUCCCUCUGAACGAAGUGCUUCGCUCCGUGCAGGAGAAGGUUGUCGAAUGGGAUACCGCUUUUGCAGAGUUUGAGAAGAACUUCUUCCCCUCCGAAAAAGAUAUCAGACGGCUGGCAACCCUACAGCUGAAGAAAAUCUUCUUGGACAAGGAUGCCUCCGUUACGUCGCUCAGCUCAACCGAGGAGGCUCCGACUACCCCGACAGAGACUGAAAACGACAACAACGAGGAGCCCACUCGAUUGCGGGCAAUGCGUCGCAUGACACUUUCUCCAGAGAAAGCACAGGACGUGCUCGUGUCUGUUGUCGAAGAGCAUUCGGGGGAGAAAGAAGGCGCCGUAGCCCAAGGAGACGAAACACCUAGAGUGGAAGAGAUAGAAUCUGCCGCUCCCUCGCCUACCCCCGAAGGAAGACCACGCUCAUCCACCCAACCCGAGAUUAUCGCGGAGAAAGAGGUGCAGCAUCUCGAUUUGGCGGUGCCUUCGUCUCAGCCCGAAAGAACUUUGGAGCCGUCCGCCACCAUUACAACUCCUACCCGGACGGACAUGGAAGACCGCCCGGGCCCGGUUUCAACCUCACCUGAUUCGAACGUCUCUCCCAUGGGCACUAGCCCCUUGGAGCGGGUAAAAUCGCGCAGGGCAAGCCAGAAGAGUAACGAAACCGAAGGAUCUCCGGUGAGCCCUGUAGUUACGCCAAGUCGCCUUCCGUCCGCCAUCCCACGUCCUGCGGAGAUCGCCAGUCGGCGCAUUGGCAAGGCAACUUCUCCGCCGCUGUUGCGUGCCCAGUCCCAGCCUGCUCAUCUCAAGGACGCAGCCAAUGACACAACCCCGCCGAAGGGGUAUAAAUAUGGCACUGGCAAACAAGGCGGCUCCGGUGGGAGCCCCGGCCCGUUUGACACGAAGUUCAAAUUUUCGGACAAGAAAUUGUCGGAUCGAUUCGGUCUCGGUGCCCUUCGAAAUGGACGACUCGCCUCCGGCCCCUCUCUCAUACCUCGUUCAAUCCCGACCAGGCGGAAGCAGUCGCGUGUGUCUUACUUAGCCAAGCACUUUGAGCAACUGAGUCGUGAAUUUGAAAAGGAACGUCAACGCGAGCGAGCCCAGCGAGCUGCAAAAGGUUCACAUUCCCGCGCGUAUCCACUGGCCAGCUCCAAGCCCAUUGUCGAGGUUUAUAAGAACGUCAGGGAAGCAGUGGAAGAGCGAGAACCUGCCGGGGAAGGCGAGGACUUGUCAUCAUCGGCUCCGCGUGUGUCUGCGGAUAGUUCGAGCCGAGGCAGCGAGGAAUUUCUAAAGAGGACCUCGGAGGAAGAACAGCGGAAAGAUGAAAGCCCACAUGAACCGAGGGAGGAGGUUGAAACUGAGAGCACUGCCCCGGCAGAAGAUCACCACGUCUUGUCUGAAGGUGAGGGCGAAGACGCGCAUAGCGAUGAAGACCGAGCCUCGACAGAUGGGCUUCAGGUGAUUGAUUCCAACGAGGACAUAGCCAAAAUGUCUCCUGAGGACGAGAGCAUGGACCUCAAGGAAUUGCCCAAGCACGAAAGAAGCACGCUUUUGAAGUUGCUUACCAAUUUUUGGUCUGAGCGUUCGGCGAGUGGAUGGAGCCCUCUUGAAUAUCCGCUCACAAUGUCUGAUCACGUCUUUGCCGAUUGUGAUAUCAUCGUGCGAGAGGAUGAGCCAAGCUCCUUGAUUGCUUUUGCCUUGGAUUCUCAGGAUUACCAAGAGAAGCUCGCAAGUAUACAGCAGCGCUACGAAGAUCUCGACGCGACUGAUGCUGGGCCGGAGAAGGACCCCGAGGCACGAGUUGAACAUGCGCUGUUGAGGUCCACUGGAACGCAUCUCAAGUAUCAGUUCCAGGAGGGACAGGCAAAGAUGCUUUGCAAGGUGUUUUAUGCCGAGCAAUUCGAUGCCUUGCGAAAGAAAUGCGGCGUCUCGGAGCGAAUCGUCGAAUCACUUUCUCGCUGCGCUAAAUGGGACUCGAGGGGAGGCAAGACCAAGUCGCUCUUCCUGAAGACCCUGGACGACCGAUUUAUCCUGAAAUCUCUCGCUGCUAUUGAAACCCAGGCGUUCCUCAAGUUUGCCCCCGCCUAUUUCCAGAUCAUGUCCGAGGCUCUAUUCCAUGAGCUGCCGUCUGCCAUUGCCAAGAUGUUCGGGUUCUACCAAGUGAUCAUCAAGAAUCCCGCGACGGGCGCCGAGUUCAAUUGGUAUCUUUUGUUGAUGGAGAACUUGUUCUAUGAUCGUGUUCCAACGCGGAUCUUUGAUCUGAAGGGAUCCAUGAGAAACCGCAAGGUCCAGAGUACGGGAGAGCGCAACGAGGUCCUCCUGGAUGAGAACAUGGUGGAUUUCAUCUACGAGACGCCCUUGUUCGCUCGGGACCAUUCCAAGAAACUGUUGAGCCAGAGUGUUUGGAACGACACGUUGUUCCUAGGACGGCAAAACGUCAUGGACUACUCGCUUAUGAUCGCUAUCGACGAACAGCGGUCCGAGCUGGUAGUUGGAGUCAUCGACUGCAUCCGCACGUACACUUGGGACAAGAAGUUGGAGUCCUGGAUCAAAGAUCGAGGCUUUGCCGGCGGCGGCAAGAACCGGCCCACGGUGACCAGUCCGAAGGAGUACAAGAGUCGAUUCAGGGAGGCUAUGGCUCGCUACGUCCUCCAAGCACCAAGGUAUGCAUUUACUUUCCCUUUGUUCUACUUUUGA